AGAAAGAAAAAAAAAAAACUGGCUUAUAUUGCAAUAAAGUUUGUAAUUGUUUAUACAUUAUAAUUAUUACUCAUAAAAAAAAUGGCGUCGGAAACAAAAUCAACUGUCAAACAACCACCAAAACCAAUUUGGAGGCCUGGGAAAGUGAAGGUAGUGAGGGCUUUGUAUAACUACACAGCUCAGCAUACUGAUGAAUUAUCUUUCGAAGAGGGUGAAAUACUCUAUGUGUAUGAUCGAGAUACUGAUGCUAACUGGUGGAAAGCCAAAUGCGGUGAAAAAGAUGGAUUAAUUCCCUCUAAUUAUGUUGAAGAACAGACUGAAGAAGUUGAGUUACCUCUUCAUGAAGCUGCUAGAAGAGGUAAUUUAUCAUUUCUCCAAGAAUGUUUGAGACAAGGAGUAUCAGGAACGGGUUUAGACUCAGCUGGCAACACUCCUUUGUACUGGGCAGCCAGAGCAGGACACAUUGAAUGUAUUAAAGAACUACUAAGUCAACCAAAUCCUGCUAUUAAUGCUCAGAAUAAAAUUGGAGAUUCACCAUUACACGUUGCUGCAAGUCGUGGCCAUGAAGAAGUUGUUGAUUUAUUAUUGAACCAUGGUGCCGACGCUACCUUGAGAAAUAACGAUAAAUUGCUAGCUGAAGAUCUGGCUAAUAAAACGUCCAUAAAAAAUGCAAUACAAAUGAGCAAACAAGAUCAUGAUAGAGACUACGGAUACGGAGCAGAUGAUUAUAAUGAUGAUAGUGAUUAAUAAAGUAUAUUAUUAAGUUAAGAUUGCUCAAUAAAAAUCAAAAUUAAGAGUAA